AUGGUUUUGGUUGUCAUGGUCUUUGAGUUCGGUGUCUACGCAGGAAAGCAAGUAACCCUCAAGGAAGAACAAGCCUAUGCCCUUGAGAUGUACAAGUACAACAACAAACCCCAGCUUGAUGUCCCAGGAAAACAACCACAUGGUGUCCCUAGCCGCGUUGUCGCCUCCUACCAGGAAGAGCCCAAUACGCACUACAACCCGGAACCCAAGGAACCGCAGAACAAGAAGUACUACACGAUCAUGGAGAACCUAGGAGAGAAGUUGCAGUACUUAGUGAACUCCGUGGAGAUUGCCAAGGAAGAGUUUGAGUCCCUGAAGUACAUGUUUUUCAGCAGGGGCCUUGAGUCGAGCUACGCCCCUGUGAUCACAGUCAAGUUUCACUAUUUUGCGCGCUUUAUCAUGUACGUGUUUGAAGGAAGAAUUUGGAGUCAGAGCAUGAAGCUGUUGGUUUUUGCAACAACAGCUCCAGGAAUGAUACUUUUGGAACCGCCCUUCGCUGUGCGAGAAGAGGAAGAUGCACAAGGAAUGGCGAAUCUGUUCGAACACUUGGCUGCAGCGGGAGAACAGAGAGAACAGAACCUAGUCGGAGCAUUGCAAAACGUGCUCCAGCAGUCCAGAUCGGACAUGGCACUUUCUCAGGAAGCGCUGAGUUCAAGAAUAAAGGAAGUGUUGGUUGAGAGUCGCGAGAAAGGAGAGAUCCAGCUUCAUAAGCUGGUGAAGGCACCAGAAGCUUUUUCGCCGAGUACGUGGCAGGAAGAACGCAGCAGUUUUGCUGAGUGCAAACACCGCUUAAGGACAUGGUUGGGAGCAAUCGAUGAUGAGAUCCUGACCUUGAUGAACAAAGCAGAAAAGGAACCAGCCAAGGAGCUCGAGUUUGACAAGCUCAGCGUAAAGGAAAAGACACAAAGCAAGAAGCUCUACAGCAUUCUCUCGAGCUACACCAGGAACCGUCCACAGCGUGUUGUUACAGCAGUCAAGGAAGAGAACGGCAUCGAAGCAUAUCGUCAGCUUGUUAACUUCAACCAGCCCAACACGAAGGCACGGUCUCUACAGCUACAUCGAGAAGUCAUGAGUUUUCGCUUCGACAAGGACAAAACCUACAACGAGAACUUUUUGAAGUUUGAGGAACUGAUCGAUGACUACGAGAAAGCAAGCAGCGAGAAAACCUCAGAUUCGUUCAAGAUGGGCACUGUCUUUGACAGUGUUCCAGCACAGGUGCGACAGCACAUUCUCCUUAACAUCAAGGAAGACACUACUUACAACGACCUCCGCAGCUUCCUCACCACCUACGAGAACGCAAAGAGAUGGACACAGCCGACCACCACUGACUUGAUCAACAGUGGCAAGGACCAUGGCGGACAAGCAGCCAUGGACGUACGCCAAGUUACUCUCUACCACAUUGGAGAGGAACCAGAACAAGCCCACGAUGGACCGCAGAUCUACCCCAUCGACAGUGAAGAGGAAACAAAUUAUGAGAUAACGUACUUCAACAACAUCAUGAUGGUGCAGGUAGAAGAUUCUCUAUGUGAUGACAGUGAAGGAGAAGAAAGUCAAGGAUGGAAGGAAGAUCCACUGUACCAAUGGUACAGUGACCGUGAAGAGCUUGUCCUCUCAGUGAGGACAGUCACUCAGGAACCUCUCACGAAGCCAAGGAACAUUGAGGUGAUCCUCGACUCUGGAGCAGAUGUUUCCAUUGCUCCAACUUGGAUGCGGAAGUAUGGAAAGAAAGUUCAGGUAAAGUCCGUUCAGUUGCGUGACGCACAAGGAAGAGCCAUUGCCGUGCAGGUACAUCGCCUCAUCAACCUUGAGUUCAAGGACAAAAGAGGAAACAAAGUUCAAGUUGCAGAAGUGUUCAUGAUCGGGAAUGUGAUCAACCCGUUGUUGGCCAUAGGAAAGAUGAUGAAACAAGGAUGGAUGCCACAUGGCAAUGAUCAGUCUGGCAUGUCCCUUGUUGACAGUGACAGGCACACGGAGAUCCCGAUCUACUUCAGGAACAACUCUCUUGCAACCAGCGCUUUUGUGCAGGCAGUGGUCGCCGUUCGUGAAGGGCAACUUGUUCCAGUGAUCCUUAGUGAUGCACUUCAGUUUUUGGAAAAGGAACAGAGGCCAGGUUGGUCUACUCCAGCAGAAGGAACCAUCCACCACGGCAUGAACAACUCUCACUUUGUGGAUCCGACAAUGACCAGGUCGUUUCACGAGAGCCUCUUCUACAGGACUACCUUCGCCAAGGAAAACAAGGACAAUAGUGGACAAUGGAUCCUGGUGGAGAUCAACAGACCCUACCAGGAAAUGGAAGAUCCCUUCAUGGAGCUUCCCUACGGUGACACAGAGACCAUCACCAUUUUCACAGCGCAACCUGAGAGUCCAGUUAGGUACUGCAAAGCAAAAGGAACAGACCACAACGUUGAGUUUGAGGUCUUCACUGACGACAGCUGGGAAGUUUCAGAGACAGGUGAAGAAGUGAUUCGUCACCACAGAACACAAAGGAAGUUUCUUUUCAAUCCUGCAGGAAUACCUGGUUGUCCUACAGACCUCAACAACUUCGAUGGCAACAGGGUCACCUACGGCAUCAACGAAGAUACAGGAAGAAGCUUUGAGAACAACCUUUCGUUCAAGGAACAACCUGCACUACAAGAUCAGAUGCCAAUGCGACCCAGUCUUCUUUGGACUGGUGAGACAAGGUUUCGUCUACGUGAACCACUACAAGCACCCAAGAAGAAGCAGAGGACAGAAGCGCAUGAGAGCAUGGAGGUAGAUGAAGAAGCAAAGCCCUCAGGAGAAGAAGCACAAGAAGCAGAGGAAGCAGACAAGGAAGAAGAAAAGGAGCCAGCAGCACCAAAAGACAGAAGAGAAGUUGAACGAAGCUUGACCUUUGUUCACGAAGGUUGGGAGUACAGCGUGGAAACAACUUUGAAAGACUUGCGCGACUUGUGCAGGGAACUUGGUGUUUCUUCCAAAGGCACAAAGAAGGAACUUUUGUUGAGGUUGAGCAGAGCUACUCGCGCCGACUUCGUCGCCAAGAACAGAGCCUCACAGGAGAAAGCCUACAAGGAAAAGAUGCGAUUGUGGGCAAUCGACGUGAAAGAUGCAUUUUUACAGGUACCGCAGAAGGCACCGCCAACGGCGAGCUUCGGACCGCACCUCCAGGAAGCAUCCUGGAACGAGUUUUUGCAGUGGCAGGAAACAGUCUUGCCCAGCAUCGCGUGCAGUCAGUUUUGUGUCAGCGAGCAGUGCAGUUUCAGGAACGUUGAGUGUCUUGCGGUAGGAAGUGCAGUGUGUGAGCCAGCACAAAAGGAACACCCUUGCCGCAGCCGUGUGACCGAGCACAGAAAGGAAAAGAAGGUAGAAAAGGAAAAGAUGAGCCAGCAGGAAAUGUUGGAGACGCUGAACCACCUCUUGGACCGCGUGGAGAACCAGGCCUACAAGCUGUACGAGCUGGAAACCAGAGUUCAGACUCUGGAGAGCCAGCUAGGCAAAGGAAAAGCCACAGGACAGAAAGGAGACAAGAAGAAAGGAAGCCAAGGAAAAGGAAAAGAAGGAGGACAAAGCGGAAGCAGCCAGCAGCCAAACCCAGUGGAGCAGGAAGCUUUGAGCAAGCUUCUGGAGGAGAGCAAAGCAGAGGAGAAGAGAAAGGAAGAAGAGUUGGAACAGGAGAAGGAAAAGAAGAAGGCAGAGCUAAGGCACAGCUUCGAGGAGUACUUCGGCAACUACGAAGAAGAGGAGAAGUCAAAGGAAGAGAAGCAGAAGGAAAAGAUGGAAACGCUGCAAGGAGAGCUUGCAGAAAUGGAGGCUACAGCAAAGGCAAGAAGGAAGAACCUCGUCGAGCAGUACUACACCCAGGAAAAGAACCUCGAGGAGUUCUACAAGAAGAAGGCAGGAAGCGCAGCAGGAAGUACCGCAGGAGACGACCACACCACGGACGAGCGCUACGCGGAGGAGAAGGAAAGAAGGCAAAGUGAAGGAAGACGCCUUCACUCAGAAAAGGUGGAGGAACAACGCCAACGUGAGGAACGCAACAGGAACAGAGAAGCACAGUUCACCUACCCCUUCGCGAGUGGUCCGGUGAAAGACUAUGUGGAGAACGGCGAGAUCUACCAGCACGACGUGAGUACAGGAACAAAAGAGUGGAAAGGCACAGACGUGGCUUACAAGCACCAAAAGGGUGACGCAGCAGCCGCAGCAGCAGGUAAAGGAAAAGAAGUUCCAAAGCCACCGCAGCCACCGCAGGAGGAAGCCACAGAGAACAAAGGAAAAGGAAAAGAGGCAGGCCAGGAGAAAGGAGGAAAAGCAAAGGAAGGAAAAGCAGGAAAGAAAGGAAAGACCGUCGGCACCUACGGCAAGCACACCUUCGACGGCCAGGAGUACGAUACCUACACGUCACCAGAAGGAAUCUUCUUCUGGUACGAGGCAGAGCGCGAUGUGUGGGUGACCCACACUCGUACAUGGAUGUAA